AUGGAAGGUGGUGAUAUUAGCAGUGAUGGAGAGCUAAAUAUAAGUAGUGUGAUGGAGGCUAGAAGUUCGACUGAUGCUCAAAAUUUAUAUCUCUGUGGAUUAAUAACAGUACUUCCUGUUCAACGUAAGACUUUAAAAGAAGGCGCUAAACACUAUGGUGCAUCCUAUAAGUACAGGAUUCGGGCUCUUGUAGGAGAGAACACAAAGGAAUUUAAUGUGUGCCGUAAAGCAUUUAUUGCUAUUCAUGGCAUAUCAAAAAAGAAAGUGGAAAUCUUGGUAUCAAGCUUAAAGGAAACAGGAUAUACUCCGCAGGAUAAACGAGGUAAACACACAAACCAUCUUAAUAAACUUUCAUUAGAAACACUAAGUCUGGUCAGGCAACAUAUUAAUUCCUUUAAAGGUCGUGGAAGUCAUUAUAGCCUCAAGGACUCUACAAAAAUAUACCUUUCCGAGGAAUUAAAUGUCAAAAAAAAUGCAUACAAUAAAAUAUCCUAUGAAUCGUAUAGACAGGUGUUUUGUCGUGACUUCAAUAUUUCUUUUGGAUAUCCGCGAACAGACACUUAUAGCGCUUGUAAUGAGUUUACAGUAAAGAUUAAAAAUUUAGAAUCUGAAAAACUGGAAAAUACGGAAAACCUACAAAUAUCUAUGGAAAUAAAAAGAUUAACUACAGAAAAUACAUUACAUAAGAAAAAAGCAGAAAUGUUUUAUAGUCGGAAGAAAAUGGCUAAGAAAAACAGUAGAAAAAAUUCUAACACAGAGGCAAUUUGUAUGGACUUCGCCAAGAAUCUGCAGGUUCCAAAUAUACCAACAAAUGAUAUUUACUACAAGAGACAGCUAUCAGUAUAUGCAUUUAACGUGCAUGUUUUGUCUACUUCUGGGAGUUAUUUUUAUGUUUAUUCAGAAUGCGAAGGGAAAAAGGGUUCCGAUGAUGUGUGCUCACUGCUUCAUAACUUCAUAUAUAGCCAUCUUGAUCCAGAAGUGAAGCAUCUGAAAAUAUUUUGUGACUCUUGCAGUGGUCAACAAAAGAAUUUCACUUUUUUUCGUGUUCUGCACAACCUAGUUAACAAUGAGAAAAGGUUAGAAUCCGUUGUUGUCACAUUUCCUAUUCGAGGACACUCAUAUAUGGAAUGUGAUAAGAAUUUUGGUCUUGUUAACCAAAAAUCGAGAGCAGAAGUUCCCGAAGACUGGUUGCAAAUAUUGGAGGAUGCCCGCCAUUCGCCAACUCCAUUCAACGUUAUCAAUGUGAAUCACAUAUUAUUCCGUAGUUGGACAAAAUUUCUCGACAAUAGUUACCCUAAAAAGUCGCCAUUCCCAUCUAGGCCAAUCAGAGAAAUCAACAUACAGAGAAGAGCUCUUCUACAAUAUCGCACCACAUACAAUGGGGCUUGGGAGUCAGCUUUAUUACAAGGAGAAGACCGCAAAUCCUCAAGGCUACCUGUUUGUCACCUCAAGGAUAACGAAUUUAGGCUACCUGAGUAUAGCUAUGAAGGACAGCUUACAAUAUCUGCUGAGAAGUUUCGCGAUAUUCAGCAUUUGAAAAAGUGUUGCAGCCGAGAAGCGCAUGAAUUUUUUGCAAAUUUGCCGCACCAAUAA